AUGUCCUCGACCACCAUUACUUCAUCUCCUAUUUCCUCUCCACAACAACAACAACAACAACAACGAGCGUCAAGUACUCCUCCUUCCAUUUCCUCUCCAUACACAAGUCCGAGUCAACAAUCAUCAUCUCCUCGUUUAUUAAAUAAUUCCUCUCCAUCUUCAUCCAAUAAUUCUAAUAAUAAUUUCAAUAAUAACAAUUCUACUACUGGCCAUUCGAAUCAUUCACAAACAUCCGAAUUAACAUCACCAACGACACCCCGACAGUUUUUAUCUGAUUUUAAUGACAUUGACAUUCCAAAGGUGGCUCAAUUUUUUGAAAAUGAUUCAUUGAGUGUGUUGGAAGAAGAUACUUGGAAGGAAAUGUUAUUGUGUUGUUUUGUACCAUCUUCGCAACAAUUGACUUUUAAACGAAAAAAGUAUUCAUUUGGAAAGAAGAGUCAAUUAUUGGGAGGAAAUUCUUCUCAUCCAUUGACGAUGAACGAGACACAAAAUGAUGUCAUAAAAGUCAUGAAAGGAUUAGAUAACACGUCGAAAGGAACAGCAUUGAUGGAUUUGAGCGGAUUGCAUCAUAUUUCUAGCAAGUCGCUUUUCAGAUUGAAACAAUUAUUGUAUUAUAGAUUUUUCUUCUAUUCGAUUCAAAACUAUGCAUUGGGAAAUGUCACACCAACCGAACAAUCCAAUGCUUCAGGUACUCCUCACCAUCAUCAUCAAACCUCUUCGAGCUCUUCCUCUCAAUUUCUAAGUCCAAAUUCAUUAUCUACAAAUACUAGAAACUCAAUUCGAUUGGCUCGUAGUAGUACUCGAUUCGGAGAAGGUGGAAUUUCACAUGCUCUCGGAAGCGAAGCCACUCAUUUGGAAAUGUCAAAAAAAGAAUUUUCAGCCAUGAAAGAAGAACAACUCGAUGCAUGGAAACAAUUUAAAUUUACAACCAAUCCUGCAUUGAAACCCAUGUGGGUCAAAUUCUUGACAUCGACUCGUUUUACACCCAUUCAAAAAUGUUCACUCAUGCAUUUAGCUUCCAAGUAUAACCAGAGCUUAAUUUUGGAAUGGUUGUUUGAUGAGUGUGGAAAUGAGUCACUCUUUGCUGUAGAUACCAUGAAAAUGACUCCUCUCUUUUAUACGUCAUUCUUUAACGCAACUGAAAGUUGUGCAUUUUUAUGUACAAAAAUUAAGAAUGCAUCCAUGCCUUCACGUCAACGCAAGCAAUCGAAUGAACAAACUUCAUCCACAGGUAGAAAACCCUUCUUCAAAUCAAAAUCAGAUUCUCCAACAACAUCGAAUAAUUCAACUUUCCAAAAUUCAAAUGCACUCGAAAAGAUCAUUCAACAAGUUGAUGAUGAAUAUGGAUACAAUGUUUUCUAUGUUGCUCUCAAGAGAGGUUGUUUUGCAGUGUGUGACAUGUUAAUUUUAUUUGGAGCUACUCUUGAUACGACCAUUCGAGGAGGAGAGACCAUGUUGCAUCGAGCAUGUUUUGAACUACCACUCGAUCGAAUUGUUUAUUUAAUUCAGAAAGGAGCUGUCUUGUUAAAAAAGGAUCAAAAAGGAUGCAUGCCAUUGUUUAAUUUAAUUGGAAGAGAAAUUGAAGCAGAGACAGUACCAACAUCUACGGAACAACACAAUCAGCUAGUGUCACCUCGAAAACUCACUCAAACUACUUCAACAACAACAACUGAGAAUUAUGUAUCAUCCAAAGACGUGACAAAUUCUGAAGAUCACACAACAAGCAUGACUACUUCAUCAACUCUACAUGAAAACAAAAUCGACGACCAUUCAUCCAUAUCUACAGCGAAUGCAAACUCUUCAGGUGCAACACCGUCGGUUCAAGUUGAAGAGGAUUCAACAAUUAUUGACGAGUUUUUAGAAAAUCAUUCUCCAAUUGCUGAAAAACAUGACAAGGAUGCACAAAUAACCAUUACCGCAGCUGAAAAUGAAAAUGCAACAAAUGUGGCUCACGUAUUGAAACAUUUGUCACCCAAGUUGAAUGUUGAAGGAAAUGUUUCACCUUCUUCGAGCGCUGAUAGUUCAGAUUCGAUGGACAUCUUUAGAGAACUCGAUGAAAUGUUUAUGAGUGAAACUGGACAAGUCGAUUAUCAAGUGAAAAACAAACUCUUGACCAGUGACAACCGUAAAAAGAGAGAACCUGUCAAACUUCCAACAGCUCUCAAAAUGCGUUCCAAUUCUCUCAAUGCCAUUUCUGCAGGAUAUACACCUCCCGGAUUAUUGGAAGACAUCAAACUACGAUCGUCACCCAUUGUCAUUCCAACAAGCAAUGUCUCUUCCCAAACCAAUUCCAAUAACAGCAAUACUGGAAGUAGCAACAAGACUCUAAGUACUGUAUCUGCAUCGUCAACGACUUCUUCAUCCAAUCUUUCACCAAAUAAUGGCUCCCGUUUUCCAAAUCACAUUUCCCACUGCUUGCAAGAUGAAUUUUCUCUCAAAAAGAAUAUCAUGUUUAAGGCCAUGGAACAAUUGGUACCACAAAUGGGAUGGAGUUCUAAAACUCUCAUUCUUGCAGCAAAGAAAUUUUAUGGUUUGAGUGAACAAGAAGCACGUGAUUUGUUUUAUAAUGAAGCUUCUGUCAUGACUACGAAAUUAAUGGCAAGUGCAAGUCGAGGAGAAAAUGUUACGGCAAAGAGUGAUUCUAAUCAUGCAUCAAAUCCAAGUAGCUCCUCUUUAGAAAAUUCCAAUUCAGACGCUUCUGCCGCGUCUGCUCCACAAGCAUUGCCAUUUCCAAGACCCACGGCCAUUACUCCUUCACAUCAAAAUAUUUUGACACGAAAACAUCCAUUAUUGGAAAUGAUAUUGCCCUACAUUUCGAGAGAACAAUUUUGUAAAACUCUCAAAUCUCAAAAUUAUCAUGGAAGAAAUAUUUUGCAUGAAUGUGUCAUUAAGGGAGACUUGAAAACAAUGCAAUUAAUUGUGAAUGAUUUAUUACAACCUCGAAAGAGUACUCUAGGUUCAGCGUUGAAAGUUCUUUCUCACAAAAAUUCACAUCAACAGCUUGUCGAAUUGUCAAACGAACAAAAAUUAUUGGAAAAGCAACGCUACGAUGAAGAGUCCAUGGAGAAUAUUUUUAUUUUACAUGAUUUGUUGAUAGAAGUGGAUAAUGACAAGUCACAAACUUGUCUUGCCUAUGCUUGUGCAGAGGGAAACUCGUUUGCUGUGAAAUAUCUCAUCUCAGUGUAUAAUAUUGUUGGAGUUCAAAUGAUGAAGACACCACCUCCAAGAUCAUCAAAUUCUUCUUCGACGUCGUCUCUUACCUCUCAUUCACAAUCGGUUUCAUUGUUGUCUCCAAGAAGCAAUGACGGUACAGCGUCAACAAUAUCAGCAGCAUCCCCUUCAUCCACUUUUUCUCAAAAGAGUUCAUCCACCAUGAAUUUGGAUCAAAAAUCAACAAAAACUUUAUUGUACAAGGUGUUGCACAUGAAAAAUAAGCAUGGUAAAACACCUUUGGAAAUUGCCAAAUCAUCACAUGGUAAUCUUCCAUGUGAAGAUAUUAUUGAAAUGUUAGCGACAGCAUUGGAGAAGAGUGGAACUCAAAAUGGUGAUAGCUCUUCGUCAUUCCAAAUUUUCAAAAGAAAGAAAAACAAGCAAUAA